CUUCAUGGUUCAGGUUUGUUCAGAUUAGAUUUUGUUUUCCUUUUUAUAUUUUGCCUUUGCUGGAUUCUGAGGCAGGACAAUGAAAUGUCUUCUUCAAUAAAACAAACAGUUUCAGAGAUCUCUAUCCAGCUCCCAUGGGGAGAGAUCAGAGGUCGUGUGUGGGGUCCUGAUGAUGGUUAUCCUGUGCUGUGCCUGCACGGCUGGGCUGACAACUGUGGUUCAUUCAACACCCUCAUUCCUCUCCUACCUAAAGAGUGCAGAUAUGUAGCUAUAGACCAUGCAGGGCAUGGCUUGUCUUCCCAUCGUCCUCCUGGAGUUUACUACUGUUUUCGUUUGUAUGUGGCAGAUAUACUCAAAGUCAUUGAUGGUCUCAAAUGGACCAAGUUCACCAUCAUAGGCCACAGUAUGGGUGGAAACAUCGCAGGAAUGUUCAGUGCACUGUAUCCAGAGAUGGUAGAUGCAAUCGUUCUGCUGGAUGCUGCUGGAUUUUUACAAAAAGAUGCUGCAGAAAUAUCUAGUGUGAUGAGAAAGGGGAUCCAUGAGAUGCUUCAGUAUGAAAAAAAGACAGAGCAAAAAUUAAGAGUUUACACUUAUGAGAAGGCGAUGGAGAGGCUGUUAGCUGCAAACCCAACAAUGCCUGAAGAGUCUGUCCACAUCCUUUUAGAGCGAGGUCUGACUGCAGUUGAAGGAGGGUUUGUGUUCUCCAGAGACCUGCGAAUUAACUUACGUAAUGUGCCUGGCACCAUGGAGCAGAGUCUGGAGAUGCAAUCAAGAAUACAGUCUUCUGUUCUUGUAAUUAUAGCUGACAAAGGUUUACCUACUUUCUAUGACUCAAAACAACAGGAAAGAAUUUCCACACUUCUCCAAAGAUAUCGGGAUAGAAACUGUGGCUUUUCUGGGAUCCCCCUGCCUUUCUACAAACAUAGAAAACAUCAAGCAGGAACAGCACAAAUUCCUGCUCUAUGUGCCUGCAAGGAAAGCCUGAGGCAGAGAGAGAAGCAGCAUAAAACCCAGAGCAGAGCGGGCAUCAAAGACAAAAAAGCAAGUUGACUGAGGCUUUAACACAAUUAACCGUGGACAAUGUCUCUUUCUUGAUGCUGCCAGAUUUAUUCAGCUAAGUUACGUUUAGGCUUUAGUGUUACUAGGCUAAUAACACCAGCCAUUAGCUUCAUUUGACAAAAACUCACCUCUAGCUCGCCCAGUAGACUAUAGAGUCCGUGUUUGCGCUGUCUCCAGGAUUUUCUCCGCAGUCUUUUCUUUUUUUUUAGUUCGGGAUUUUUCCGUUAAGAACAAUCCCAAGAACACCAUCGUUCCCUCUUCUUGUACGUCCUCUUCCAUGUUGCGUGUUGUGUUUUCCCGUUGUUAUGUUUCCUUUUCUUCAUUUUUGUUAGAUCACGGGUGAUCAUGCAAGAUUUCUGGCUUGGAGGACAAGAUUUUAGAUCUGUGGUGGGACAGAAUCAUAAUAUGUGUGGUGUUCUGUGUUGAGAUUAUCGGAGCACACCACACACAGUACGAUCAAAACUGUUCAGUGCCUGAUUUUUUUUUAUCUUCGUGUGUGGGGUCUCUAACAUAAAAAAUCUCUUAAGAUUUAGAAAACCCUUAUGUGUGUACCUUGCUUUAGACAGAUGUAGCAUAAAGGAGGAGCUAGGGUGGAGGAAGGCUGCAAAAAGCAGCUUGCAGAGGCUUAAACAGUUUAAAUAUGGCAGCCUAAGUGUGAUUAGCCGAUAGCGUGCUUAGAGCCAAUCAGCUGGCCAUCAGCUGAUGAGGACUGCAUGAGAUCAGCUGCUCUCCAUUAUAUGGAGAUCAGCUGGACUCCAUGGCUCAUACAUGGAGUAAAUGUGCCUCAAAGAGUAAAAACAUUGAGGAACACAUACAGGAAGACCUAUUUAUGCAUACUUUUGUUGUUAUAAGUAGAUGAAUAAAAGAAGAAUGUUCUGAUGUUUUCUCUUAAAAAUAGAUUAGUCGAAACUGUGACACUGACUUACUUACUCCCAGCAAAAGCUCCCAGUUGUUCCCACAGUCUUCCCCACUCUCUCUGGAUGUCCUCACCUUCUCCAGUUGUUUGCCUAUAUCCUUAAACUAAAAUCCUCAACCGUAUAGGUCUAUAUUAGGGGGAUUUUCUCUUUGUUAUACUGUUUUCAGGAUCACUCUCACUCAUAAGCAUAUAAAUCAAAGGCCUGCCCUUUACUUAAACAACUGUACACCAGUCAAAGCCACAUCUGCUGCUAUAAGACAAGGAAUCCAUGAGCAAAUCCCUGAUAUCCUUGACUGCUCUUCCUGGGUCUACCUCAGCUCCAAAUCCAUCCACAUAAACUCUGAUUCCUUCAUUCUCUACCGUCACCCCUUCAUUCUCUAACUCUUGCAUCCUUUAUCCCUCAGCCCAUACUUUCGUCCCUCAUUUUGAUCCAAACUAGCCAUUUCUUGCAAUAACAUAUUCUAAAACAAUCUCUCUACUUAAAUGGUCUUUGUUUUUGAUGAAGAAAGAUUAAGUAUUGUUACAUAAUAUAGAUGUACCGAGAUUUGCUAAAAAAAAAAAAACAGACUCAAAAAGUGUCAGUAAAUGACAGAGAAACAAAUAUAACACAUUACAGAAAAGAAACAUCCUGGCUUAUGCAAAGCUGGAUAAAUGUUCUUUGAGAAAAAGUACCAAAUACUUAACUGCAUGGAAACUUGAAAAUGCAUCACUUUCAGAUUUUGCAGGAUUUUUCUAAAGUGUUCCUGAUCUUUUUUGUCUCUGUCUCAGCACACGGUGGUUACAGUUCCAGGCAAUCAUCACAUCCAUCUGGAUAAUCCUGAAAUUGUUGCUCCACUUGUUUCUGACUUCCUGCAGACUAAAGUGAUCUCACAGCAGCCAUCAGCAUUGUGAAACA